AGGAAGUGCAAAGAGUCAGCUCCCCGCUGGCACUGUGUGUAGGCCGGUGCUGCUCCGAGCCUCAUUUCUCCCUCAGGCGGCGGGGCUGUGACCGCCAGCAGGAGCUCUGUCAGCCUUCGCCCGGGAGCUCAGUCCCAGCUCGGUGCGGCUCUCCUUGCUGCCGUGCCUUUGCCGCAGCCACUCCUCGUGGGAAAGGCAAGAACAAGCUGGGCCCUGUUCUAAAUCGGGAUGUAAUUAUAAGGGAGCCAUACGUCUGGCAGUGCCUGUGGCUUUCUCUGGCCUAGGACGUUCCUGCCAGUGGGCUACAUCCCAGAUAACAUUUGUUUUGCAACUAAAUGUGCAAUGAGAAAAUGGAAAGCUAAAUUCAGCUAUCCUCCCGACUGUCAUACAGUCCAGCAAGCAGGCUGUAGGUGCGUGCGUGAAAAAUGCUGAUAAAAUAUUUUGUUGUUAGGACUUUUAGAAUUACCUCCAUCCUGGCUCUGUGUAUAUGUAUUCCUCUUACAUUUGGGAAAAAAAAUGCAAAUAGUACAGCAGAAUCUUAUGCUUCCCUUCACUUCCCAUCUUCCUAUGCUUCCCCUCUCUCCUGCUUUCUUCCCACAGAAAUUUUAAGUAGUGCUUCCUUGGGACAUCAGGGGUCCAAGAAAAUUAAGCAAGACAUAUACUUUUAUGAUCUGAUUCACUACUGCAUGCUGGUCCUUAGACAAGAUUGCUCUCGGCUGCACGGAGGCUGGGCUACUGCUGCCCAGCUUGCAGAGAUAAUAAGUCAUUGUUGUGUAGGACUAGAGGUGAAAGAGGAUCCUGAGGAAUUUUACAAGAAAUUUCUUCCUUCAGCUGUAGACAACCUGCUGUUUUUGGGAAGACGCCUCCAAGUGCGAUUUAUCCGAGCAAUCAAGGAUGAAGAAAAACAAGAUUUUUUACGCUAUUUCCAAACAGUAACUGAUGCCAUCUGCUGGCUGUUUGGUGGGCACAUUCAGCUAACAGAGUGUGUGCUGCAAAAUGAUCACUUCCUGCAGCUGCUAAUAACAGACAACGUUGAAACAGCAGUUAUAAUGAUGUCGGUUUUACACAGCAUUUUGGGGGUCAAUAGUUCUGUCUUGCUUCAGGUUGAUGAAGAGAUCCUGCACUCUGUAUUGGAUGAACUUGUUUAUAAGCUUUCAUCUUCCACCAAUCCUGUCAUAGGAAACGCUGCUACGAAACUGCUGUUGCUGAUGGGAAAAUGUUGCAAGCAGCUCCUGAAGUUACUGGCAACUCACUACAAAGGAUUAAAUGUGCUUUUAAGUAAACAGUGGACUGGCAAAGGAUUUGACAGGGAUCUCAGUCAACUUUUGGACUUGCUAUGCUUGGAAAAAUCCAAUGGAAAAGGGGAAAUGCAGAGACAGCAUCAAGCAGCUUGUAUAAUACAGGCAACAUGGAAGGGGUUUCAGACAAGAAGAAGGCUGAAAAAGCUGCCUCAAGCAGUGACAACUUUGCAGAGAAACUUCAGAGCUAAACGAGAACAGGAGCUUCAGCAUUUGAAAAAACAGAAGGAAGAUGAGGCCCUAAAGCUGCAAAUGCAACUUCAGAGACAGAGGGCCAUGAGACUCUUCCAUGAAAGACAGCUGGCCUUACUGGAAAUAAUCCAUCCCAGUCAGAUGAAUAAAUACAUGCAGGAAAUGGAGGUGAAAUCAGCAUUAACUAUCCAGAGAUUUUGGCGAGGGUAUAGAGCAAGAAGAAAUUUUCAUCAACAGAAACAAUCUCUUAAGGAGUAUAAAGCAGCUGUCAUCAUUCAGAGAGCAGCUUGUAAGUUCUUGGAAAAGCAAAGAAGAAAGAGAGCUCUCUCUCCCUGGAAAGAUCCCAAAGGACUGACUGAUGAGCAGAGACUAGCUCUACAGCAGAAGGUGGAUGACUACAUCAAAUUGCAUCCGGCUUCCCAAAUGUCAGAAGAAAUGAGUAAAGAAUUACAUAUGCAGGCCCAGGAAAAGCUGGCACAGUUCCUGCUGAGAAGCAGGCUGGAUCAGAGAGCAGCACAGCGGAGAGAGACGUUACUGGCUCAGGUCAACACUGAUGUGGAGCUGCUGAUGAAUGCUCCGCAGUUAGCAGAGACCACAGAAAAAGAUCUUGCUGUCUUUAUGAGUCGAUCAGUCCCUGUAGCUACCAAGGCCAAAGAGUCCCACAAUGCUAUGCUGAAAUACGCUCGCUGGCCAUGGUGGAAGAAGCUUGGAGAUGAGUUUGAGGAGGAUGAUGUCAUUCCUGAUGACACCCUGGAUGCAGAACUUGGAAGUCUAUUUAUUGGUGGAAGGAAAUCCUUAUAGCUAUUGGUGGAAGCUAAUCCAUUUACAGGCAGAAGAAUCUGUUACUCAUUCAGCCGGACUCAUACCUUGCACUAUGCAUUCACUUGUAUGUGUUUUUAAGGAAGCAAAACACUUGAAUUCUAAGACAAAGCACUGAAAAAGAACAUGGUUUUCUUUUACUUACCUUAUUGAGAAUCUUUCUGUGCAUCAGCAGUAAAAUCCUAUUGACUGUGCUAAUACAGAAAGGAUUUAAAUACUGUAGUUGCUAAUAAGGAUAUUUUGUAACUGUUACAAAUAGGAUUUAAAUAAUUCAGUUGUAAAUAUGGAUAUUUUGUAACUUACUUUUAGUAACUUUGAUGGUAUAUAACUUUGGGGUUUUCGCUUAUUAUUUGCAUCCAGGUGCAUAAAGAAUUACUCCAUUGUAAAAGCCUGGGCUGAUGUGCUUUGAGGUGAAGAUGGAUUCAGAACAAAUCAAGACAUCAGUAAGAACUCAGGCAAGCAGGCGGCAGGCUGGGUGUUUCCUGCAGGGUAGAACAGCCAACACCGGUCAGCACAGGCAAAGCUUUGUCUGAGGAACCUCCACUUCUUGCGUAGAAACAAGUGAAAAUCAAGAAGAUGAAAGAUUUUGUUAGACUGUAUAUGGUUUCCUUUAAAAGCACGCAGUUUCUUGCACAGCCAGUGCACUGCAUUGUAACAUGGUCGCAGUCCAAACUGUUAAAUGGGAUCAAUAGUGUCAGCGUGGCCAUCUGCACCACAGCUUCAUCUUCUUCAACCAUGCAGAUAUCAUUUAAUCCAGAAAGGUCUCCAGCACAAUCGCUGUGACCUGGUCCCAUGGUGAAAACCUAUAGCCAAGGGCCAGAGGCCACUGCUGAUCAAUCUGCAUAGAAAGAAAGGAGAGCACAAGACUGCAGUAGGUGCCUGCACUACUAAUAAAGUAUUUAUUAGGUGAGAGACCCAGAAAGUCUUAACACUGCAGAGGAAGAAAAAGCACAGUGGUUUCUGCCAAUUGUGUAUGGGCAGCAAUAUUGCUUCGGCAUGUUUGCUUUCCAUCUUCUCUAGAAGGUUUUGAGUUUUAAUUUCAGUGAUGAAUGGAAAACAAAUAAAUAGAAAUAGUAGGCAGAAGUCCAAGGCCGUUCAGAUGCAGCUGAUACGUUAAAAUUAAUAACUGGGCAGCUGCCAGGAGGAAGAGCUGUGCUCUGGGUUAAUUUUUUUAGCAGGCACUGUGAUUUGGAAGGCACUGAAUUGGCUCUCAGCUCCCUUCUUGGAGAGCUAACUGGUGGAAAAAUCCAUUAUUUGCCAGGGCACUCACAUGUGACUGUUGAAUUACAUGUUCUGCACAGCCCUGCUAUUAGUUUUAGACCAUGCUCAUCAGAAACCAGGUGCCUUACGAACACCAGAGCUGGAGGAGCUGGGGAUGAAAUCUUCCCCAGCUGCUACCAAGCAGUAGUCCUGGAAAACGCCCAGUUUCCCCUGCUGAACUGCAGCAAACCACCUGUUCCCUCGCAAAUACACUGCCUCUGUCCUCUGUACAUGUCAUUGUACCCUCUGCUGUAUAGCUGCUGACCCAAACUAUUUUGAGACAGCAGCCUCUGCUGUUAUGUUUAUUCCUAAUCACCCUCAUUAUAACAGCUCUUUAGCACAGGGUGAUGUGCACAGAGUUGCUUUGCCUAAUAUAUUUUAUGUAAAGAGAUGAGGCCCCCUGGCCAGUGUUAAAUACCAAGUGAAUUAUAGAACAUCUCACCAAAAAGCCAUUUAUUGUAAUGUUAAUGACCUCUGCCACUCACUGCCAUGGGAGUGAGUAAUGAACUCCCCCUUUGGAAUAUACAAUUUGCUGGAUAAUGGCUUUUUUUUAAUUUAAGUGAAUGGAGAGCUGGGUGGGAGGUGCAGCCUUGCUGGAGGAAUUCAAGUUGUGGGGUUAUUUAUUACCAGCCCAGCAGUGCAAAUUCCCCUGCCCUAAUAACUAAGAAUGCCUCUUCUUACUUUGUUCAUCUCAAUAUCUCCAUUUUACAGACUGAGUGAACCAAGGCAGCAAAGCAGUGAGGAAGUGCAGCCGUGUCCAAGCAGCAGACCCAGGGCUGCUGGCCCCUCUGCAGUGCCCUUUCUGACUGGGUGCUGUCCCUCCCACCACUGCGGGACUCAGAGCUGCCCAGGCUCUGCCUUGCACUCCAUACUGCCCAUUGUUUGCUCCCACUGCCAUCUCCCAGGCAUGCCCAGAGAGCCGAGAUUGCCCAGAGGCAUAAAUGUAGCCCAGGUGGGCUGACCUAGUGGGGAAUGGGGCUUAACUUGGCUGUGGCUCUUUAGGCAUGAAGCACACCUACCCAGGCAGCCUGAUGGCAAAGCCUAGCUUGCAGCAGGGGUGCCCUCCUCGACUUGGGGGUGGCACAUGGUGGGGCAGGGACAGAGCUGGAGCUGUGAAGGCAGCAGUGCUUAGGUCAUUAAAUAUUGAUGCAGGCUAACCUGGCCUGUGGGGGUGAUUUAGCUGAAUUGCAGUUUUCUGUUGCUGUGAUAAAUCGGACCAAUUUGU